GAUAGGGGACGGUCUUGCCGCCGGGUCGCCGACGACCGUCGUAAUCAUAAUAUGACGAAUGAACUGUCAAAAUUGUGCUCUAUAAAAAAAGUUUAAUUAAAACAGUCUCAAAUUGUACCGAUUGUUGUAAACAUAAAUUGUGAUAUUAAUUGAAGGGGUCUUUAUGUGAUUUUCGUGUCGCAGAGAUCCCACCAAUGUGCAAAUGUAGGCACGUAGCACUGAGGUCAAAGUCCAGUCCCAAAAUGAAGCGCCGCCUCCCCACAGUGCGCGAAGAGACCACCAAACGAAACAUUUGCCAUAGUGAUUGGGCCAUCUACACCAUGGUGACGGCCACUGCUGUGAUCAGUUACUGUAACAGUUUGAAUGGGGACUUCGUUCAUGAUGACAUACCAGCGAUUGUGACGAAUGGUGACGUCACAGGGGGGAAUAGUUUGAAGCAACUGUUCUUGGAUGACUUUUGGGGCACGCCGAUGGUGGACCCGAAUAGCCAUAAGUCGUAUCGGCCGCUGACGACGUUGUCUUUUAGAUUAAACUACGCACUCGCGGGUCUCCGGCCGUGGUGGUGGCACACAUGCAACGUCGUUCUACACGCGGCGUGUUGCGCGCUCGUCGCCCGCGCGUGCGUCACCAUCGCCCGGUUGCAACGCCCGUUUGCGGCGCUCGCUGCUCUGCUAUUUGCUGUCCAUCCUGUACAUACUGAAGCGGUAGCAGGAGUAGUAGGGCGAGCAGAUGUGUUGGCGUGUAUAUUUUUUCUGUCUUCAUUAUUGGUGUAUCAUAGACCUACAAGUAAUAAGAAGAGUGUAUGGCUGAGUGUGGUUCUCGGAGGUCUCAGUAUGCUGGCCAAGGAGACUGGCAUUACUAUCCUGGUUCUGAACCUAGCUAUUGACUUCUACCGGUGUUGGCCUUUUGUUAAAAGGUCAAUAUGUACAUUGAAGAUCGAGAAGAAAUGUGCAGGGCUGUCAAUCAGGACAAUCAAGAUAGUGGUGUCUCUAGCCCUUUUGAUAAGCGUUAGGUUGGCGCUUUUGCAAGGGACCUGGCCGGUUUUUUCUCCACAGGACAACCCUGCUGCGUUUCAUCCAAGCUUUUUUGUGAGACUCAUGACGUUCUGCUACCUGGCUGCUUUCAACUGGUGGCUGCUCCUCUGCCCCUGGACGCUCAGCCACGACUGGCAGAUGGGAUCCGUGCCACUUAUCACGAGUGGCUGGGAUCCCAGGAACCUCCUCACGUGUGCGGCGUUUGGGAUCCUGCUGUUAUUGGGAUAUAGGUGCUUGACGGAUUUGGAGGUACAAAGGCACACGCCAGCUGUGGUGGGUCUUCUGUUGCUGGUCAUACCGUUCGUACCAGCUAGCAACUUAUUGGUUACUGUCGGUUUCGUGAUCGCGGAACGAGUGCUGUAUAUACCUAGCGUGGGUAGCGUAAUAAUAACGGCGUACGGCGUCCAACUGAUGUGGACGAAGCCGGGCUGGCGCGCGCUGCUCGUGGUGGGGCUGGCGGCGCUCGCGGCGAGCGGCGUCGCGCGCACGCAGCGCCGCAACGCGGACUGGCGCGACCGGGCCACUCUGCUGCGCGCGGACUUAGCCAGCUUGCCGCAGAACGCCAAACUACACUACAACUUGGGCAACUUUCUUCGUGAAACCGAGCAACAAGAGUCCGCCAUCAAACAUUAUAAAGAAGCUUUGAGGUUAUGGCCAACAUACGCCAGCGCUCACAACAACAUUGGAACAUUGGUGACUGGUUCAGAGAACGCAGAACACCACUUCUUGCAAGCGAUCCGGUACAAUAAGUACCAUGUUAACGCACAUUACAAUCUUGGGAAGCUGUAUAAGAAAACAGGGCGUCCCGAGCAAGCUGUAAAAAUGCUGGAGAGAUGCAUAUCCCUGCACCCUCGCUUCGUACAAGCCCAUGUAGAAUUGUUGUCUUUGAAACCGGAGUUGGAGAAACUGGACAUUCUGAAGACGUUGGUGGAUCUGGAGCCAAAUAACUGGGAGCAUUAUAUCUUGUAUGGCAACUGGUGGCGAAGUAGAGGUCUCCCCGCUGCAGCUUCCAAGUAUUACCUAGAAGCGACACGACUGAGUUUCCAGUCGCGGCCGCACGCGCCUCGCGCGGACCUGCUCGCCUUCCGCGGCGCCGCGCUCACCUACCGUUCACUUGGCCAGCGCUCGAGAGUGCUGCAGUUGUUAACCAGAUGGCACACGUGGCGUCGCGGUUGGCCCAGCGCAGCUUCGCACAUGUACUGGAGAGACUGGUCGUUGAAAAUGGAGUUAGAGGGUCGAGUCCAGAUCUACACGAAAGCUGUUAAUCCUACAAAAUCGACAACGUGCCUAGAUCACAAACAACUAGUCGUCGAAGCGAUAAAAGAAGAAAUACCGAAAGUGAAAACGCGCGGCGAACAUUUAAGUGAGAGUGCUAAAACUAAAGGAAGCUGUGAGUUCAAAUCGUGUGUUAAAAAACGUAACGUUUCCAUAGCAACGCAGUUAAAGACUACACAUAACAAAUCAGAAACAGGACUGAAAAAGAAGUGUACACAUAGGGAUAGGAAGAAAGAUGAUAUUCUGCCGAAGCUCGGUCAAUACGGGGAGCACAUUUUGAUGAAAACUUUUUAAAACAGUUAUGAACUAUUGAGUGAUGCUAGAUAAGUUAUGCUGACAAUAUCGCGAGGUUAUAUUAAGAGCUGGGUUUGGGUAAUUCACGAAUGGUUCCAUGAUUAAAUGUUCA